CAUAGCUGGGUGUCUGCCCUCGCUCCCCUCCGCUUCGAUUCCCACACACCUGCCGCGCAAUACAGCAGUUGAGAGCGCAGGAGCUCCAAGGUAGCUAGCUAGGAGACGAGGAGGAAGAAGAAGAAUAGGGUCGUCGCCGACUCCCCGCGCAUGAAGAGGGAGCAGUCCUUUGAGUUUGGGGAUCCCAGUGCCCAAGAUGCUAUGGGAUCUGCUGCCUCGGAGUCGUCUUACAGCCCUCCCGGAGCUGUGUUUGGGCUCUCCCCACCGGAGUCGGCCUCGCCGCGCAGCGGCCGGCAUAACAGAAGGAGGGAUAGACCUUCAUGGGUCAGACUCACGUACACACCUUAUUUUGAUGGUCACUUGUGGCGAAAAUAUGGGCAAAAGAAAAUCAAGGAUGCUGAGUACCCUAGGCUAUACUUCAGAUGUUCUUACCGUGAGGACAGGCAAUGCCUGGCCUCUAAGCUGCUGCAGCAGAAGAACGGCGACGACCCACCACUGUACGAGGUGACCUACACGUACGAGCACACGUGCGGCGCACCGCCCGUCUCGUUCCCGGAUAUCGUGGCCGAGCCGCCGCCGGCCGCCAGGGAAGGUCUGGUGCUCAGGUUCGACUCCCCCGGCGGCCACGGCGGCCACGCACGGAUGCAGCAGAACGGACACUGCCAGCAGUCCACGUCUCGGAGUCCGUUCAUGAUGCUCAGCUUUGGUUCCAGGAGCCAGACGCACGAUCAACAUCCUGCCGUCUUCCGCUCUGACUUGGAGGCCGGAUCAUCGUCGUUUCCCACCGAGGCGCCGCCGGCGCCGCCACCACCGGCAAACGGCGACGGUGGGGACAUGCUCUCGACAUUGAACUCCUUCGCAUAUGAUUUCGACAAUCAAAUGCACUUCGGCGAUCACACGUAUUUACCUCAUAAUAAUAGUAAUUACGAUUAUGAUGAUUACUGAUCAGAUGUGUGUAAGCGCUGCGAAUCGCAAGCCUGCUCGUUACAACAUGUGGCGUCCUUUGAUCUUUAUUAUGUGAAAGUAUAUUUAUGAGA